AUUUGAAGAGGUGUUAUGGAUCAUCUAUGGAUUGUAGGCAAGCUUGAUGAUUACCAGGAACGAAUGAACAAAGGGGAAAGGCUUAAUCAAGAUCAGCUGGAUGCCGUAUCUAAGUACCAGGAAGUCACAAAUAAUUUGGAGUUUGCAAAAGAAUUACAGAGGAGUUUCAUGGCAUUAAGUCAAGAUAUUCAGAAAACAAUAAAGAAGACAGCGCGUCGGGAGCAGCUUAUGAGAGAAGAAGCAGAACAGAAACGUUUAAAAACUGUACUUGAGCUCCAGUAUGUUUUGGACAAAUUGGGAGAUGAUGAGGUGAGAACUGAUCUGAAGCAAGGUUUGAAUGGAGUGCCAAUAUUGUCUGAAGAGGAAUUGUCAUUGUUGGAUGAAUUCUACAAAUUAGCAGACCCUGAACGGGACAUGAGCUUGAGGUUGAAUGAGCAGUAUGAACAUGCUUCCAUUCACCUAUGGGACUUACUGGAAGGAAAGGAAAAAGCUGUAUGUGGAACAACCUAUAAAGCUCUAAAGGAAAUUGUUGAGCGUGUUUUCCAGUCAAACUACUUUGACAGCACUCACAACCACCAGAAUGGGUUAUGUGAGGAAGAAGAGGCAGCCUCAGCACCUACAGUUGAAGACCAGGUAGCUGAAGCUGAACCUGAGCCAGCAGAAGAAUACACCGAACAAAGUGAAGUUGAAUCAACAGAGUAUGUAAAUAGACAAUUUAUGGCAGAAACACAGUUCAGCAGUGGAGAAAAGGAGCAGGUAGAUGAGUGGACAGUUGAAACAGUUGAGGUGGUAAAUUCACUCCAGCAGCAACCUCAGGCUGCAUCUCCUUCAGUACCGGAGCCCCACUCUUUGACUCCAGUGGCUCAGGCAGAUCCCCUUGUGAGAAGACAGCGAGUCCAGGACCUUAUGGCGCAAAUGCAGGGACCCUAUAAUUUCAUACAGGAUUCAAUGCUGGAUUUUGAAAACCAGACACUUGAUCCUGCCAUUGUAUCUGCACAGCCUAUGAAUCCGACACAAAACAUGGACAUGCCUCAGCUGGUUUGCCCUCCGGUUCAUUCUGAAUCUAGACUUGCUCAGCCUAAUCAAGUUCCUGUACAACCAGAAGCUACACAGGUUCCUUUGGUUUCAUCCACAAGUGAGGGGUAUACAGCAUCUCAGCCCUUGUACCAGCCUUCUCAUGCUACAGAGCAGCGACCACAAAAGGAACCAAUUGACCAGAUUCAGGCAACAAUCUCUUUAAAUACAGACCAGACUACAGCAUCAUCAUCCCUUCCGGCUGCUUCUCAGCCUCAGGUGUUCCAGGCUGGGACAAGCAAACCAUUACAUAGUAGUGGAAUCAAUGUAAAUGCAGCUCCAUUCCAAUCCAUGCAAACGGUGUUCAAUAUGAAUGCCCCAGUUCCUCCUGUUAAUGAACCAGAAACUUUGAAACAGCAAAAUCAGUACCAGGCCAGUUAUAACCAGAGCUUUUCUAGUCAGCCUCACCAAGUAGAACAGACAGACCUUCAGCAAGAACAGCUUCAAACAGUGGUAGGCACCUACCAUGGUUCCCAGGACCAGCCCCAUCAAGUGACUGGUAACCACCAGCAGCCUCCCCAGCAGAACACUGGAUUUCCACGUAGCAGUCAGCCCUAUUAUAACAGUCGUGGUGUGUCUCGUGGUGGUUCCCGUGGUGCUAGAGGCUUGAUGAAUGGAUACAGGGGCCCUGCCAAUGGAUUCAGAGGAGGAUAUGAUGGUUACCGCCCUUCAUUCUCUAACACUCCAAACAGUGGUUAUACACAGUCUCAGUUCAGUGCUCCCCGGGACUACUCUGGCUAUCAGCGGGAUGGAUAUCAGCAGAAUUUCAAGCGAGGCUCUGGGCAGAGUGGACCACGGGGAGCCCCACGAGGUCGUGGAGGGCCCCCAAGACCCAACAGAGGGAUGCCGCAAAUGAACACUCAGCAAGUGAAUUAAUCUGAUUCACAGGAUUAUGUUUAAACGCCAAAAACACACUGGCCAGUGUACCAUAAUAUGUUACCAGAAGAGUUAUUAUCUAUUUGUUCUCCCUUUCAGGAAACUUAUUGUAAAGGGACUGUUUUCAUCCCAUAAAGACAGGACUGCAAUUGUCAGCUUUAUAUUACCUGGAUAUGGAAGGAAACUAUUUUUAUUCUGCAUGUUCUGUCCUAAGCGUCAUCUUGAGCCUUGCACAUGAUACUCAGAUUCCUCACCCUUGCUUAGGAGUAAAACAUAAUACACUUUACAGGGUGAUCUCUCCGUAGUUAUUUGAAGUGGCUUCGAAAAAGCAAGAUUGACUUUUGACAUUGGAUAAAAUCUACAAAUCAGCCCUAGAGUUAUUCAAUGGUAAUUGACAAAACUAAAAUAUUUUCCUUUUGAGAAGGAGUGGAGUGUGGUUUGGCAGAACAACUGCAUUUCACAGCUUUUCCAGUUAAAUUGGAGCACUGAACGUUAGAUGCAUACCAAAUUAUGCAUGGGCCCUUAAUAUAAAAGGCUGGCUACCAGCUUUGACACAGCACUAUUCAUCUUCUGGCCAAACGACUGUGGUUAAAAACACAUGUAAAUUGCUUUUUAACAGCUGAUACUGUAUAAGACAAAGCCAAAAUGCAAAAUUAGGCUUUGAUUGGCACUUUUUGAAAAAUAUGCAACAAAUAUGGGAUGUAAUCUGGAUGGCCGCUUCUGUACUUAAUGUGAAGUAUUUAGAUACCUUUUUGAACACUUAACAGUUUCUUCGACAAUGACUUUUGUAAGGAUUGGUACUAUAUAUCAUUCCUUAUAAUGUCCAUUGUCUGUCACUAAUCCUCGGAUCUUGCUGUAUUGUCACCUAAAUUGGUACAGGUACUGAUGAAAAUAUCUAAUGGAUAAUCAUAACACUCUUGGUCACAUGUUUUUCCUGCAGCCUGAAGGUUUUUAAAAGAAAAGUAUCAAAUGCCUGCUGCUACCACCCUUUUAAACUGCUAUCUUUUUUGCAAAGCACCAGUAUGUGUUUUAGAUUGAUUUCCCUAUUUUAGGGAAAUGACAGACAGUAGUUUCAGUUCUGAUGGUAUAAGCAAAACAAAUAAAACAUGUUUAUAAAAGUUG